AUGGUCGCCGCGUCACAAAACAAGGAUGCUCGUCUGCACCACAGCUACGCGGCGAGACACCUGGAGCAGGAGAUGUGCGCCGUCGGCCAAACACUGUUGUGGCUGCACUUCGUUUACGACCAGCUGAGCCAGUCGCCCACCUCUCGACUUGUGCCACCCCUCGAUUUCAGUACUCCGUACAUGUGGUACGACAAGACACAAAAACAGCUGCCGCCUUCAUCUCAUUCUCGUAUCACGCAGGAGAUGUGGCGGAUGAACAAGAUCUUCAUCACGCGCAACACCCACGCCGCCCGGGCUGGAGGGGUACAGGAGCUGGCCGACGAUGGCGUUCCGCGAUCUGACAUCGCCGACUUGGGCCACUGGGCGCUCGACAAGCUUGCGAAGAGCUACAUCAUGACCAUCCCGAAGGCGGCGGUGUUGCGAAAGGCCGGCUACACGGGCAAGCGCAGCGACUACCACCUCGGCCGCAGCAUGAUAAAGCCCGACGACAAGGUGGUGGCCCUCAUCGCCCAGCAUUUCUUUCCGUGGGCGGAAGCGGAACUGGCCAAGGCGGAAAAGUGUGCCACGGGGAGAGAACCCAACACGGCCGGGGUGCACUUCCUGCAAUCGCUCAUCGAGUUCGGCCGCCGCAUCGUCGCCGAGGAUCUUGCGUGCAUGCUGAUGCGCGAGCCGUGGCACCCGUACGUCCAGAGUUCGAAGCUCUGCCGCGACCCCGACUUCCAGAAAUGGGCCAAGGACGUCAACUGGAUGGACCUCGAAACCAUCGCCACGCGCCGUACUCCGAGCGAGAACCCCCAAGAGGUCGACCAGCUCACCAUGAUGCUGCACCGCCAGAGGGAGGAUGCCGCGGUCGAGAAGCUUGAGAUGCAGAAGAAGUUGGAGGAGAAGGACGCGGAGAUCGCGAGGUUGAUGCAGGCUCUCAAGCUGGCCGAGGCACGGCCGACGCCGACUGCGCCGGCGCCGUCAAGGCCGAUGACUGACGCCGAGAAGGCAGCGGCCGUCAAGAUCGAGAAGGAGCAGGACGAGGACCUCACGUACGAGGUCGAGAAGGCCGACAAACCCGCAGCGUCGGCGAAGUCGGCGAAGAGCUCUCGUGGCCGAAAAGCGCCGACCGACGAUUGUCCCACGAUCGAGGUAGGAGAGACGGGGAAAAACGAUGCGCUGCAGAACUCCACGCGCCGGAUGAAGCGGAUCAUGGAAACCGUGUACCUCUUGCGGCGGAGCGAAAACGACGCUGACACCACCGCCGUGGUCAAGCUACUCGACCACCUGGGGCGGGCGGGUCUUUCUAUUUUCAGCGACGCUCUCGUGGUCCUCCGUGCAACCACGCCCAUGAAGGUCCCCACCACAGCCGACGGAAAGCCGACCGGCAUCAAGGGUCUGGACAAGCCGCAGUACAGGAAGCUGGCAGUUGCGUGGGGCGUUGUCUCGGCGGGCUACGCCGACCCUGACUGGGGAAAGGAGAUCUUCGGCGACUUGUGGGAGGAGCAGGCCGAGAAGGUCGGCUUGGAGGCCGAGGCAACCGUGGGAGCAAGGGCGGAGAGCUCUUGCGCUGGGAAACGCAAGAGGGCGGGCUGA